CUCAGUUGCUGUCAGGAGGCUCAAGCUGAUACAAAUAGCAUUGUCUUCAUUGUUAUCGAUCGACAAAUCGACUUUUGCUAAAAUAAUUUGCUACGAGUUCAAUUUAACCAGCCUCUGCGCAAACAUUUUAGCAAAGUAGCUCGUGAGAAUCAGCAGGAUAACAAGUCUUACAUAUUAAAAUGGGUUCCAUUGCUCAAGCUCCUUUGUGGACACCAAAUCCAGAAACUCUGAGUUCCCUUAGGCUGGACGCAUUGAGACGAAAAGUCAACGAGAAAUUUGGGACUAAACUUGUAACAUACGCUGAUCUGCACAAGUGGUCGGUAGCGGAACCCUCUGCAUUUUGGAAUGAAGUCUGGGACCUUGCUGAGAUCAUCCACAGCGAGCCGUUUACUUCCGUUAUUGAUGAGAGCAUCCGAAUUGACAGCAUUCCAAAGUGGUUUGUCGGAACAAAGCUUAAUUACGCUGAAAAUUUACUGGAGAAGGGACAACAUGAUGACAUUGCGAUUUUUUAUAAAGGAGAAGGACAUCCAGAACCAACAAAGUUGACGUACGGAGAGCUAAGGACAGAGGUUGCGGUAUGGGCGGCAGCAUUACGAAAUGCGGGCGUGGGAAAGGAUGAUGUCGUAUGUGGAAUAUUGCCCAAUGCUCCAGAGACUCUCAUCGCAUUGCUGGCAACUUCAGCUUUGGGGGCAACUUGGACAUCAACCUCUCCUGACUAUGGGGUUACGGGGAUUGUUGAGCGAUUUAAGCAGACAGAGCCAAAAAUUUUGAUAUCCGUCAAUGCAGUUUUCUACAAUGGCAAGGUGCAUUCCAUGUCCAAGAAAUUGCACCAACUGGUAUCCGACCUACCUUCCCUUGAGAAAAUUGUCGUCAUUCCUUUCAUCCAGGGACAGGAAGCAGGGGCGAUUGACAUUCCCAAAUCCAAAUGGACGUGGGCUUCCGAAUUCUUGAACAAUUUCCGUUCAUUGAAAACGCGACUUGUCUACGAACAAGUGCCUUUUAACCAUCCAUUAUUUAUCAUGUACAGCUCUGGCACGACAGGAAAACCAAAAUGUAUGGUACAUUCUGUUGGGGGAACUUUAAUGAAACAUGCCGAAGAGCACCUCCUGCAGUCAAAUCUCAAGAAAACCGACGUAAUCUUUUAUUACACCACGGUCGGAUGGAUGAUGUACCAAUGGUUGAUAUCUUCGUUGAUAACUGGAUGUACGGUCAUACUGUACGAUGGUGCACCUUCAAAAGCUCUCUGGAGUCUAAUUGAUGAAUUCAAAAUCACAAUAUUUGGAACAAGUGCAAAAUGGUUGGCCGUACAAGAAGAAGUGGCACGAAAAUGUAUUAAACUUGAUGGAGAAGAUGUGGAGGCGUUAAAAAAGGAGCUGAAUAAGAACAAAACAUCCUUGAAAAUGAUCCUUUCCACAGGAUCACCCUUAAAGCCUCAAUCGUUUGACUUUAUUUAUGAAUAUGUCAAGCAUGACGUUUUAGUUGGAUCAAUUUCAGGAGGAACUGACUGCAUUGGUUGCUUUAUGGGACAAAAUCCAAUGUUGCCAGUGUAUCGAGGAGAAAUUCAAUCCUACCACUUGGGAUGUGAUUUAGACUGCGUGGAUGACGAAGGAGAAAGUGUGAUAGGGGAACGCGGUGAACUGGUUGUGAGGACUCCGUUCCCUUCAAUGCCGACCAAAUUUCACAAUGACACGGACGGAUUGCUGUACAAAAAAGCAUAUUUCGCAAAGCACACUGGAAUUUGGGCUCAUGGGGAUUUUAUUAUGAUAAAUCCACAAACCAAAGGAAUUGUCAUGUUAGGACGAAGUGACGCGACACUGAAUCCCAAUGGUGUCCGAUUCGGAAGUGCUGAGAUUUAUCAAAUUGUUGAGCACUUUAUUGAGGUUUCCGACAGCGUGUGUGUGGCUCAAAGGAACGAGGCAGGAACUGACGAAAGGGUUGUCUUAUUUUUAAGACUAUUGCCCAACAUAGCAUUUUCUGAUGACCUGGUGAACAGAAUUAAACUGGUCAUUCGAGAACAACUCAGUCCUCGACAUGUGCCUGCCGUGAUACUCCCAAUUUCAGAUAUCCCUUACACGAUAAGUGGGAAGAAGGUUGAGAUUGCUGUUCGAAACAUUAUCGAAGGAGAAGAAGUGAAGAACGUGGGCGCCCUAGCGAACCCAAAAUGUUUGGACCUGUAUCGCAACAUUCCAGUUCUGCAGACUUAUUCGUAAUCUCCAUCAUCAUAAGAGCGCAUACAUACAUAUGUAAUUCAUAAAUAUAAUGUGAAGGUGUGUAUUUUCUAAAACAUAAUACUUUGAGAAGAGUCUACAUAUAUAUUCGAUAUGAUAACAAUGAUCGGUUACUGUUUCUCCUUUCGUUUAUGUGAGAUCAAUAUUUUAUAUAUAAUAAAUACACCCAUGUUAACGUCACAUGGAAAAUAUUGUGCAGUUAUUGGGUCUAUUUUAAUAAAUUGGCAGAAUCGGAA